UAGGUUAGGUUGAGAGCGCUGGACGUUCCCCCCUUUUCUCUGCUCUUGAGUCACUUGAGUUUUGUCUUCCAAUGUGAGCUGUUUGUGCUCUCAGCUGCACAGCUAAACCGGGGGUCUCACACACACACACUGUCAUACAUACAUGCAAAUUGUAUGUCCAUAUAAAUAUAUAUAUAUAUAUAUCAGAGAGGAAGAGGCAAGGACACACACAAAGGAAUCUCUCCCCCCCCCCACCCCCACUCUCCCCAAUUAAAAGCUAAAGGGGAACAGAGAAAAAGAAGAGCAAAAAACAAACAAAACAACAGCAAAAAAAACAAUGGCAUUUUUUAAUAUCCAAACCUUACUGGAAGCGGCUGAAUACAUCGAGAGGAGAGAGAGAGAGGCGGAACAUGGCUACGCGUCUGUCUUACCCUGCAACGCCGAGUUCUCCAGGAAGAAACCCAAGAGCAAGAAAACGCCAAAUAACAGGUCAUCGCACAACGAGCUUGAGAAACAUAGAAGGGCAAAGCUGCGGCUGUAUCUUGAACAGCUGAAGGAGCUGGUUCCCCUCGGCCCGGACUGCACCAGACACACCACGCUGAGCCUGCUGAAAAGGGCCAGGAGUCACAUCAAGAAGUUGGAGGAGCAGGACAAGCGGGCUCUGCACCAGAAGGAGCAGCUGCAGAGGGAACGCCGGUACCUGCGGAGGCGGCUGGAGCAGCUCUCUGUGCAGGGAGUGGAGCGUCUCCGCACCGACAGUCUAGGCUCCACCAUCUCCACCGAUCGGUCUGACUCCGAGCAAGAAGCUGACGUGGACAUUGAGGGGAUGGAGUUUGUGCCGGGCGAGCUGGACAGUGUGGGCAGCGGGAGCGACGCUGACGACCACUUCAGUUUCCGCAGCAGCUCGAGCGACAGCGGCUACGCUGAUUCCCGCACCAUCACACCGCGACUCUCAUAGCACCCGCCCACAGCCUCCUCCUCCGAACCUACACCAGACCAGGACCACCCCACAACCGAGGGCACUUAAAAAAAUAAAAGAAAAGAGGAAAAAGAAGAAAG